UCUCACAGGUGGUGCGGCCCGGGACAAUAUGGCUGCAUUUCGGUCCUUGGAACGAGCUCUGCAGCAAACGACACGGACUUCUUUUUAUCCCGGGGUGGAAGCCGCAGGCUCCAACUGCUGCCGGUGCCCACUCGGAGCUAAAAGAUAUCUACUUACAGAUAAUAUCAUGAAAUUAAAAGAAUUUCAACAUAAGAAGUUGGCUAUUGCAUAUAAUCUUCCUGACACCAAAGAAACCUAUUUUAGAAACUUGGAAGAGAAAUUGACCCAGAACAAACUCAUCUUAAAGGACGAGUUGAGAACUUUGCUUCAUUUGUGUCAGACCCGGGAUGAUGUGGAGCUGGCUAAAAAUGUCAUGUACAGGUACCAUACAGAGAACAGAAAUGUCACUUUGGGGGAAUAUAAGUUUGGACCUGUUUUCAUGAGGCUGUGUUAUGAGUUGGAUCUUGAGGAGUCUGCAGUGGAGCUCAUCAAAGACCAGCAUUUACAUGGUUUCUUCUCAGACUCCACAUCAUUCAAUAUUUUGAUGGAUAUGUUAUUUAUCAAAGGCAAAUAUAAAAAUGCCUUGGAAGUGUUGAUAGAGAUGAAAAACCAAGAUGUGAAGUUCACCAAAGACACCUAUGUCCUUGCGUUUGCAAUUUGCUACAAACUGAAUAGCCCAGAGUCUUUUAAAAUCUGUACUACAUUAAGAGAAGAAGCCCUAAUCAAAGGAGACGUUCUUUCCAGGAGAGCCUCCUGCUUUGCAGUGGCGUUAGCUCUGAACCAGAACCAGGUAGCAAAAGCUGCAUCCAUUUUUUCUCAAAUCAUGAAUCCAGAGAACAUAACUUGCACAAAUUUAAAUAUUUUUAUCCAUAUCCAGUCAAAUAUGUUGGAAACCCUGAUAGAUAUACUAAUGAAUGCUGCAGAAGGAAAUUUAUCAAUAUUUGUGAAAAAACGUGUGUUCUCAGAGGAAGUGUUGGUCAAGGUGAGGGAAAAAGUGAAGGAUGAUGCACCCAACCUUCUGGCCAAAUUUGACGAGAUCUAUGGGAAAUUGCACAUAAAUGGCCAGGUCACCACUUACACACUGGAUACUCUGCUCUGUCGUACCCCCAGGGACAAGAAGUCCCAUACAUUGCUAUUAAACAAGAGGACAAUCAGCCGUCGGACCUUCCAGCCCCUCAGCCAGUCCCUGUUGGCUGAGUAACCUCAUUUUCAGACUUCCUUGGGUCUAAGGGGCCUGCUUCAAGUGAACGGUUGGCUUUUCUGAGAUGUCAGGCAUCUAACUUUGGUUGACGCUGUGCUAACACCAAGUCUUCUCCCUAAGUCCUGAGUUCAUUGAAUGGUGUCAUGCUGAUCAGAGAAAUUAUUAUGUUGUGCCACUGUGAAGACCCAGAUCAGACAGAGAAAGCUCCGCAACCUCAGAAAAGAGACUUCCCCUGUGCGAGCUGCUGAGGGAAGAACGUGGCACCCUGACAAGCGCCCUGAAAAAUGGCCUUCACUAAAUGUGGUCAAUUUUUUCGGACUAAUUUUUUUCAGGGAAUAGUUACUUGCAAAUUAUACCCUUGCUGAAUUUAAGAGAUCUAAACCCCUAUCCUACCAUAUUGGAAAACAUGGAUUUUCAUAGUGUCCUGCCAUCAUUUUAGCUCUUUGACCCUGAAAAGGUACUUGAGGCUCAUUUUAUCAUCUCCAAAUAGUGCUUACAUGUGGUUGUAUAAUAAUUUAAAAUUUUCAUUUAAAUUCGUAGAGUCAUAUUUUCUCAAAAAUAAGAGAAAUAAAAACACA